UCAAGAGAUCACCAAUUCUCUUUUGUUCUUUUUCUUGACUGAAAUUUUCGAUAUCUUCAUAUUCAAUAACGAUGUCUCCUUAAAUAGGAGGUUAGAAGAGUCAUAAUCUUAAGAAAUCCCCUUGCUGAAUAAGGAGACUUCAAAUUUUAUCWUGUUAAAAAUAAGAUAAAUUAAUCCUAAUUUAAUAAUAAAUUAAUUUGAUAAACAAUAGAAUAAGAUAAAAACAAGCAACAUCUAAUGUGGGUUGUGGAGAGAGUUAUUGUGCUUCUAUCUCGUCAAGGUUUUUUGAGUUGCAGAGGGGGUUUUGGGGCUUCCAUCUGCUGCUGGGGUGUUGCCGGAGAGGGUUUUCGAGGGUUGGGUGUUGCGGAAUGCGAAGAGGGUUUUUGGGGUUCCAUUUGCUACUGGGGUGUUGCGGAGAGGGUUUUUGGGCUUCCGGCUGCUACUGUAGUUUUUGUUCACUGGUUGUUUGCCUACUUCGAAGGUUUUUUUGUUCACCGGUUGCUGGAGAAGGGGACUCUUCAUGCAUUGGCUGUUGUGGGUCUCUGCCAUCUACUCUUUGUCCCUAACGUGCAAUGCAAUGCUCUGACCCCAUACUCACCAUUCUUCUCAAUCAUCUUCGCCUCUCUCAAAAACCCYGAGCUUCGAUCAGUGAGUAGGGGGUGAGAGCGAAGUGGUAAAAACAAAAUGAAUGGGUGGCUACUAUCAUGGUUCUGUACAUGCGGCGGCUACUUGCAAGGAGAAGAGCAGAGACUCACAGUCGUGUUACUUACAGUACUGGACAUGGUUCUGGGGAUCUCUCUUCCGUUGCUAGCUUCAGCUUUCUUCUUGUUUUCGCCCCUCGGAUUGGCUAUUGAUUUCAAAUAUCCGGCUGUGUUCAACUUUGGAGAUUCCAACUCCGACACGGGUGGGCUUAUUGCAGCAGGGAUCGGGAACCCUCUUAACCCACCUAACGGACAGACCUACUUCCUCAASCCGUCUGGUCGAUUCUGCGAUGGCCGCCUCAUCAUUGAUUUCCUAAUGGAUGCAAUGAACCUACCGUCUCUAAAUGCCUACUUGGACUCUGUCGGAGCACCAUCUUUCAGGAGGGGCUGUAAUUUUGCAGCUGCGGGCUCUACUAUACUCCCACAAACAGUAACGUCGGCUAUCAGUCCAUUUUCAUUUGAGGUUCAGGUGACUCAAUUCCUUCAAUUCAAAGCUCGUGUUCUUGACUUGCUGUCUAAAGGCAAGGAGCUAAACAAAUACCUUCCCCAGAAAAAAUAUUUCGAUCAGGGGCUUUACAUGUUUGACAUAGGCCAGAACGAUCUUAAUAGGGAAUUUUAUUCUAAGACUGAGGAUCAAGUCAUUGCUUCAAUUCCAACCAUUUUGUCGGAGUUUGAAGCUGGAAUUAUGAGGUUAUAUGACCAAGGGGCAAGGAGGUUUUGGAUUCAUAAUACCGGUCCUCUAGGAUGUGUAGCUCGAAAUGUUGCCAUAUUUGGAAAAGAUCCAUCUGAGCUUGAUGGGCUAGGAUGUGUUAGCUCUCUUAAUCAUGCUGCUAAUCUUUUCAAUUUGCAGCUUCAUGCUCUCUGUAAAAAACUACAGGGUCAAUUUCCAGAUACAAAUGUCAUUUAUGUUGAUAUUUACUCAAUAAAGGCCAACCUUAUCGCCAAUCAUUCUCAAUACGGGUUUGAACAACCCAUAAUGGCUUGCUGUGGGUACGGAGGUGCACCAUUGAACUAUGACAAUCGGAUCCUCUGUGGCCAGACGAAGACCUUGAAUGGGAGCUCAGUUACAGCCAAAGGUUGCAAUGAUACAACUAAAUAUGUAAAUUGGGAUGGAGUCCACUACACUGAGGCUGCAAAUCAAUAUGUCUCUUCUCAAAUACUGGCUGGAAAAUAUUCUGAUCCACCUUUCUCGGACAGGAUGCCAUUCACUUUCAAACUCAAGUUCUGACAUCUGAGGGGCUAAUUUGCUUCUUCUUCACUUCAUGAUCUAAUAAGUUCUAUUUAUGUUUUUAUUUCUAAGUAYUAUUAUCCAUCUCUAUACUAUUUGCCUUUGUUUUGGUGUAGGUCAUAAAUGUCAAAAGUUUGCUAAAACCAGCCGGCAGAGGCUUGACCACAUUAUGUUUCAAAUGAAGGUGCAGAGUGGUACAUUCCUCCUACCAAUUAUUCUGAGAAAGUAUUCUUAGAAUUGCUGAAAGAAACAGAGUACAAAGAACACCCACCCAGUCUAGGAGUGCGAAGAGUAGAAAUACAGAAUGCCUAACACAGCUUACCCUCAAGGCCCCAAUACAGAAAACCUGUAGGAUAUCCAAGGAUUCAUCAUCAUCUAAGCUUUAUCCCAAUUAUACAGGGUCAGCUACAUGAAUCCUAUUUCACUGUUCUGUUUAAUGACAUAUUAUCCUUAAAUUAUGAACACUUAAAUCUUUUCUUACUAAUUCGACCUAUUAUCCUUUUUGAUCUACUCCUAGCCCUUGAGCAAUCGAUGGUUCUAGCCCCUUCAACAUCAAAGUUCAAACUGUUCACUUCUUAAUUCAAAGGCUCGAGGUCCUUGGUCUUGGUGUUCCUCCAUUAUUCCUUGUCUGAAAAUCAAGGCCUACACAAACUAUAUAGGUUUAGUUUGCACUACUUGGUUGCGAAACCGUUUGAGGGGAGUUUGAAUGAAGGGAAGAUUUUGGUAUAGUUUUUAGGUGUGUGAUUCAAAAGUUUAGGAAGGUGUUAGUAUUCUAUCAAAAUUACUCUCCUUAAUUCUAGGAGARAUAGUCCUAUCCAAAAUUGGUAUUCUAACUUAGGUAGCCGACCUUGGCUCAGCUCCUUAUAAAUAAAGGUUGUAAUCGGUUGAAUGUAACAGGAAGAAUUAUUAUUUUUCUCAUUUGUCUACUUUGCUUGUUCCUAUCAUGGUAUCAUAGCCUAUCUCCAUCGCCGAUAUGAACACAGGCCUCUUGCUCGUCAACGUCGUGAUCCAAGUUGUUGGACCAGUAAGGAACUGAGUAAUUUAGAUCUUCAAUAUCGUCUACUCCCUCCUUGUCAUCAAGCAUGUUCCGCAGUCAAUCGAAGCAGAGGAGUCGUUGGUUUGGUCACAGACUUGGAAGACGGAGGAUAGAGGAUCCAAGCCUAUUCCGCAGCCAACCGGAGCAGAGGAGUCGUCGGUCUGGUCGCAGACUUGGAAGACGGAGGAUCCAAGCUUCAGUUCUCUGCUUACCUCUGUACCAGACGGAGUCGUCAGUCUGGUUGCAGACUUGGAAGACGGAGGAUCCAAGCUUUAGUUCUUUGCUUACCUCUGUAUCGGGCGGCAGAGCAGGAAGACCCUUGCGAAACACAGACGACUCAUUCCUUCUUGCUUCAACAGGGUUCUAGAUAGCCAUUGCCGGCCAGUCGUAAGGCGUCAUCGGUGCUCUUCGGAAUCGCCUCUUCCGAAAUUCUGUGCCAUCUGCAUUCAUGCACUAGCUACAUAAACUUGUUCCCCAGAUCCAAAGUUUCUGUCCAACAAAUAGUUUUCCAGACACAAGCUGUUUUGAAAGUGUGUACGGUCUUGGUGCUUCCGUUCUCAGCCCCGCCGUUCUGGAGAUCGAGAGUUACAGCAUUCUCCUGCGGCAUUAGUGAGGGAUAGAGAGCAAGCGUAYGGAUCCAUCACCUUCCCGACAUGUCUACCACAACCACCACAACCAGUUUUUUUUGUGAUUUGUGUUGCUCCGAAGAUCUGUGUUUCUUCUCAUGGAUUCAUUUGAAGUUACUCAACAUAUCUCUCAUCCCAUCACUGUUACCUUUGAUGACUCAAAUUAUGAUUUAUGGUCCCAAGAGAUGUGCAGUUUUCUCAAGGGCCGCCUUUUAUGGCGAUAUGUGACUGGUGAGGUUCCUAAACCUACUAAAGUUGCUGAUGAAAYAGAAGAUAAGUUUGYUGAA